AUGUUGGCCUUUCUGUCAACCACAUUGCAAAUCCCAGGCGGCCAGUUUCCUUAUAACUAUCUCACUGAGAGUCUCAGAAACUUAUGCGAUACUACCGCCAAUAAAACAAUUGGAGAUGAGAACAUCCUGUUCUGGCUUUUGAUGGUGUGCGCGAUCUCAGUCUUCGAGGCCGAGGAGGCUUGGUUGCGGCCUCUGUGGUUGAAAUCAGGAGUAGAGCGCUUGUCGUGGGUAAGCGCACGAUCUCGGUUGCAGGGCGUCAUGUGGAUAGACAGAUUACAGGGAGAACUCGGCAGCAAAAUUUGGGCGAAGCUUGCUUUGAUAGAAUGGGUGUGA